GCGGCCGCUGCAGCAGCUGAAGCUCUGCGCUCCCCAAUCCUGCCUCCUGGGCGGGCGCCUGGAGCUAAGUACACAUCUCAACGGCACCGAAGCCUCCUCUGUCUUUUCAAGCUCUUCAUGCUACCCAACUAAAAGGAGAAAAUGGGCACCGGGGAUUUUAUCUGCAUUUCCAUGACCGGAGGGGCGCCCUGGGGGUUCAGAUUGCAAGGUGGCAAGGAGCAGAAGCAGCCCUUACAAGUUGCUAAGAUCCGAAGCCAGAGCAAAGCCUCUGGGUCUGGGCUCUGUGAGGGGGAUGAAGUGGUUUCUAUCAAUGGCAACCCUUGUGCAGACCUCACCUACCCCCAAGUCAUCAAGCUCAUGGAGAGCAUAACGGACUCUCUCCAAAUGCUUAUCAAAAGACCAUCCAGUGGAGUAAAUGAGACUUCCAUCUCUGAAACUGAAAACAACCCCCCCGAGCAUCUCACCCAUGAGGGGCGCGUGGAAAGUACCACCCUGCAGAUUCGACCAGCCGCAAAGAGCCAGCACAGAGAGUUGUACGUUGCCUCAGUCAGGAGUGGGGCUCCUCUAGCUGAGGACCAAGGGAGUGGUCCUGGUUUUUCUGGGAGCAUAAAAGAAGAAACAGGCCUGAGCUACCAUGUGGCUCCCCCUAUGCCUGACUCCCAAGCAGGACGCUUAGCAGAGGAGAUUAUCUUAAGGGAGAAGGCAGAAGUUGGGCAGCCAGGCUCUGUGGUUGAGCUACAACUGUCCCUUUCACAAGAGAGACACAAGGUCACGAAUGUCCCUGUGGUGGCUCUCGUGGGAGCUGAAAAAUCCAAGUCUCCUGACCCAGAUCCUCCCCAUGUACACCACAGCGGGAUCGUCCACAUAAAUUCAGUCCCCACGAAGGAGAAAGGGGAGCCUUCUCUGAGGUCCAGCAAGAUAAUCCAGCUCUCCAGUGGCAAAGAGUUAAAAGUGAUCCAGGGAAGUGAAGCAGGAGACUCGGGGCUGCCCCGGGUGGAAGUGAUACUCGACUGCUUGGACAAGCAGAAGACGGACGGGUGCAGGCUUCAGGCAGGAAAGGGGUGUGUGGAUUCUCCAGUAGAAGGAGGGCAGUCAGAAGCACCUCCUUCUCUGGUAUCCUUUGCAGUCUCAUCAGAAGGCACAGAGCAGGGAGAAGAUCCACGCUCGGAAAGGGAUCACAGCCGACCUCACAAGCACCGAGCGCGCCACGCACGGCUCAGGAGGAGUGAAAGCCUAUCAGAAAAGCAGGUGAAAGAAGCAAAAUCUAAAUGCAAAAGCAUUGCCCUCCUUCUUACAGAUGCCCCCAACCCCAACUCCAAAGGGGUGUUGAUGUUUAAGAAGCGUCGCAGGCGGGCCAAGAAAUACACCCUAGUCAGCUACGGCACUGGCGAACUUGAGCGGGAGGCAGACGAGGGGGAGGAAGGUGACAAAGAGGAUACCUGUGAAGUAGCCUUCCUGGGCACGAGUGAAUCAGAGGUGGAUGAAGAGUUAUUGUCUGACAUUGACGACAGCGCACAAGUUGUGAACUUUGACUGGGAUUCCGGACUAGUGGACAUCGAGAAGAAACUGAACAGAGGAGACAAGAUGGAGAUGUUGCCAGACACCUCAGGCAAGGGCGCCCUCAUGUUUGCCAAGAGGAGGGAACGAAUGGAUCAGAUCGCAGCCCAAAAAGAGGAGGAGAGGGUGGGUGGAGUGCGAAGCAGAGAACCCGAUGCUGCACAGUCGGAGGGCCUGAGAACCAUGGCUUCUUACCAAAGGAAGGAGGAAGAAUCUGUAAGAGUGCAGAGCUCUGUGAGCAGAAGCUACAUCGAGGUGAGCCAUGGUCAUGGCCAUGUGCCCCAACAGAACGGCUUCAGUGGGGUGUCCGAAACAGCAGAGGCCCAGAGGAUGAUCCCUAUGAACAGAACAGCCAAACCCUUCCCGGGGUCUGUGAACCAGCCAGCGACCCCCUUCUCCCCAACCCGAAACAUGGCAAGUCCCAUGGCAGACUUUCCGGCGCCUCCACCUUACUCUGCAGUCACACCUCCACCUGAAGCCUUCUCCAGAGCGGUAUCAAGUCCGGUAGCUGGCCCGGCACAGCCUCCUCCGUGGCCCCAGCCUGCCCCCUGGUCCCAGCCAGCCUUUUACGACUCAUCUGAGCGAAUAGCCUCCCGGGAUGAAAGGAUCGCUGUGCCGGCAAAAAGAACAGGAAUAUUGCAGGAGGCCAAAAGGAGAAGCACGACGAAGCCCAUGUUCACUUUUAAAGAGCCCAAAGUAAGCCCAAAUCCUGAACUCUUGUCACUUCUUCAAAAUUCGGAAGGCAAAAAGGGCGCCGGAGCCGGAGGCGAUUCCGGACCCGAAGAAGACUACCUCAGUUUAGGAGCAGAGGCUUGUAAUUUCAUGCAGAGCUCCUCCGCAAAACAAAAGACUCCGCCUCCUGUUGCUCCGAAACCCGCAGUCAAGUCCUCGUCCUCCCAACCAGGAACUCCAGUGUCUCUGGUCUGGUCCCCAGGCGUGCCUCCGACCCAACCUCCUGCCUUCCCCACGUCCAACCCGUCGCAGGGCACCGGUGUCUCCUCCAUCAAAAUAGCCCAGCCUGCCCGCGCUCCUGCCCGGCCCGCGAGCGCUCUGACCCUGGCUGGUCCCUUCAAAGGACCACAACCAGCAGUAGCCAGUCCCAGCUACACACCUAAGCCAGCGGCUCCCACAGCAACAGUGAACGCGGCUCAUGCUGGUGCCCUGGGACCAUCCAAUGAGCUUCCAGGAAUGAGUGGGAAAGGAGCCCAGCUCUUUGCGAAAAGGCAGUCGAGGAUGGAGAAGUAUGUGGUCGAUUCAGAAACGGUGCAGGCCCAUGCUGCUCGCGCCCAGUCUCCCACUCCGUCCCUACCGGCCGGCUGGAAGUACUCCUCCAACGUCCGCGCACCUCCUCCUGUGGCCUACAAUCCUAUCCACUCCCCCUCCUACCCUCUGGCUGCUCUGAAGUCUCAGUCUUCAGCCCCACAGGCCUCCAAGACAAGCAAGAAAAAGGGCAAAAAACCCCUCAAUGCUUUGGACGUCAUGAAGCACCAACCGUAUCAGCUAAACGCAUCCUUGUUUACUUUCCAACCUCCAGAUGCAAAGGAUGACCUCCUCCAGAAGUCGUCCGCCAAGGUCAGUCCGGUGCCAGCCAUGAAGCAAGCUCUUCCUCCCUGGCCCGUGAAUGCUGCCUCGCCCACUACAGCGCAGGCCUCCUCUGUGUACUCGGUGCCCGCAUACAGCUCUCCGUCUGCGUUCUUUGCAGAGGCCACCUCACCGGUCAGCGCAUCCCCAGUGCCCAUGGGCAUUGCCACCUCUUCCAAGCAAGAAUCAGCCGCUACGUCUUACUUUGUGGCACCGAGGCCGAAGUUCUCAGCCAAGAGAAGUGGUGUUCCAGUUCAGCAGAUUGGACACUCCCUUUCUUUUCCUGGAAGAGCAGUCCCACCCACCAUCUCCACAACAUCUCCUUGGGUAUUCCAGCCAGCUUAUAACUACUCUAGCAAAUCAACUGAUGAGCUAGAGAAGGCAAACAAGAGACUAACUCCUUGGGUUGCAGCAGCGAAGUCUCCUCUUGGUCUAGUGGAUGAUGCCUUUAAACCCAGAAACAUCCAGGAAUCCAUUGUGGCAAAUGUGGUCUCAGCAGCUAGGAGGAAGGCGCUUCCAGGGCGCUCAGAGGAUUGGAACGAGAGACUGUCCUAUGUUCCUCAAGCCCAGAAGGUGAAUGUGAGCGCAUUUGCAAGGCAAGAGUAUAAUGUUGCCUCUUUACCUAAUAAUAAUAUGUCCACCAACUCCCAAUAUGGUUCACAGUUGCCAUAUGCAUAUUAUAGGCAGCCUUCCAGAAAUGAUUCUGAAAUAAUGUCCGUGGAAACUAGGUCUGAUUACUGUCUUUCAAUAGCUGAUUGCAACUACAACCCACACCCAAGGGGAUGGAGGCACCAAACAUGAAUGUUAGAAAAACUGAUCUUGUGCCAUCU